AUGAAUCGCGAAAAUUUUAUGAAAUGGCUGGAGGAAAAAUUAAUUCUCAAUAUUCCGGCUAAUUCAGUGGUCAUCUUUGAUAAUGCACCAUAUCAUUCCGUGCAAGAGAAUAAAGUGCCGACCAAAUCAAGCAGCAAGAAAACUAUGAUCGAUUGGUUGACGGCAAAUGCAUCUCAAAAACUUGAAGUUAAUAGAUUAACGUUAGUUUUGGAAGCCAAUGGAACUCCGGUUGACGAGGAAAUUCUGCCUCAUGUUUCUUCUGAAAUCCUUAUCCUGUUAUCUAAGGAUGAAAUAUGGGUACCCCAAGAGGCCAGUUUUAACUCGGCAACGGCCACCACAAUAACGAAUAAUUCGCAACAAUCAACUCAUGAUGCCCAAGAUGUAGAGCAUAUUGACCCAAUAGAAAUCAUAGAUCAAUAUCCCAAUAUUUUUCGAGAUGUGGAUGAAGAUGGAGUAGUUUUGGGAGAUUGGAGCCACUCUUUGGUUUGCAAACUGCAAGACCGAAAUAACUAUUUAAAUCGGCCUCAUAAAAGAAAAACCACUGCUGUUGAAAAUCCAGUUUCAUCUAAAAAAAGGCUUGUAUCUGCGCGUGCUGGAUGUAUCAACUGGGCACCUCCUAAUAACAAAGAGAAUAACUCUCCUGUAAAAGACGAUGAUAAAAAUAUUCAAGAGACAAAUGAAAAUUUCUACAAUAUAUUGGAAAAAACAUACUCAGAACAUAGGAGUUUUAUCAAUACUUUACCAUCUUUUACAAAUAUAAAAGAAAAAUAG